AAUCUCCUAUGCCUCUCGGCCGUCCGUCAGCUCAUUGUUGGCACGAUAGGUCUCGUGAAGCCUGUUUUGUUUUCAUUGUAGUAAUCGUAACUGGCUCCGUCAGAGUGCACCACGGCUGUGACCCCGAUGUGGCCUUUCGUCCAUCCUCCCCUUUCGCAGGCGUGGGAGCGCCGCUGUCAGUCAGCUUACUUUAUUGACCUCCCCCGCGGUGGCCCGUGCUGGGCUGGGCUGGGCGCCGGCGCCCGCUCCCCGCACGUGACCUCCCCUCCGUCCACAGAAUGAGCUCGCCCAUUUUCGGCGUGCGAAUCGAUUCAGCUGGGACGGGAGCCGCGCGAGCGAGAAAAAACCGCGCGGGUGUGUGGAUCUGGGGCUGCGGUGCGGGGGUGUCGGGUGGGCUGCUCGUGCUGGGACACUGCGAGAUGAGAGGUUUUCUGGGAGAUAUACGACAUUCGGAGGUGCGGUGCUGUGUGUGAGCGCGUUAGCGGAGCGUGCGGAGUUGGGGCGCCCGGCCAGCACCGAGGACGUGCGGCUGGUGUUGAGGAAGGAAUGGGAGAUGCAGAUGCCGCCACAGAGCCUUCGGCAGGGGAGAGCCAGCAGCCUGAAGAGGAGCGGCCGGCCGGCUCGGACGCGGCCGCGCACGCCCGCCUCCAGCCGGACCCCGCCGCCGGUUCCGGCGCACAGGCCGAUUUCUACGGCGCUCAGGCCGACUACGGCCCGGCCGGCGGCGCCUACGACGGCGGCGUGAUGGCCGGCUACGGCGGGCCGCCGUACCGGCUGGGCGGCGAGUACCCGGCGGCGGGGCCCGGCACCGGGCCCGGGCCCGGCCCAGGUCCCGGCCCCGGCCCCGGUCCGGGACCCUACAACGGCCAGCCGGCGCCGGACGGCACCUACCCCAAACAGAUGCACGAGGACCCGUACAGCUUCGUGGACGACUUCUCGGAGUCGACGGCGGGCAGCGCUCCUAGCUCCGAGCCCGGCGGUGCGCCCGGCCCGCCGCUGCUGCCCUUCCAGUUCCCCAAGAAACGCGGUCGCAAACCUAAGAAAUUGCUGGAGGCCAUGGCGGCCGCCGGCAUGGAGGUGCCCAAGUACAAGACGCCGGUGCGCUCGACAGACCCGAAUCGGCCGCGUAAGAAGCAGGACCGCUUCAAUGGCCUGUCGCCGGAGGAGCUCUCCAAGCUGACGCUACCCGAUCACCUGGCGCCCGGCCUCGACAUCGUAUUCAUCGGCAUCAACCCGGGCCUGUUCGCCGCGUUCAAGGGGCACCACUACGCCGGACCAGGAAACCAUUUCUGGAAGUGUGUGUAUCUGGCUGGGUUGAUUCCGGAACCUCUGGGCGCUGAGGACGAUUUUAAGCUGAUUGAGCUGAAGAUCGGCUUCACAAACAUUGUCUCUCGGACAACCAAGGGAAGCCAAGAUCUGACGCGGAAAGAGAUUAAGGAGGGGGGAAAAGUUCUUUUGCAGAAAUUGCAAAUGUUCCAACCGAAAAUAGCAGUGUUUAACGGCAAGGGCAUUUUCGAGAUAUUUUCCGGUAAAAAGGAAUUUAUGUUCGGAAAGCAACCAGAGAAGAUUGAAGGCACCCAAACGAAUAUCUGGGUGAUGCCGUCGUCCAGCGCCCGCUGCGCUCAGCUGCCGCGCGCCCUCGACAAGGUGCCCUUCUACUCGGCGCUGAAAAAGUUCCGCGACUACCUGAACGGCGAGAUCUCCGAGCUGGACGACUCGGAGAUCACGUUUGAGCCGCCCAAACCGCACCUGCAGCGGCGCGAGAAGGCGGCAGCGGCGGCGGCGGCAGCGGGGACGGCCGACGGCGCACCGCCGCCGGCGCCGCCCCCGCCCGGCGAGCCGGCCGCCGAGGGACUCACUGUGCCCAUCAAGAAGAAGCGCGGCCGGCCGCGGAAGAUCCGGCUCGACGAGAACGGUGUGCCGCUGCAGACGCCCGUCAAGGAGCGAAAGCCGGCGGCUGCGCGCGCCGCCGCUGACCCCGACGGUCAGAAGAAGCGCGGCCGGCCCAAAAAGCCCAAACUGGACAGCGGCGGUGGCGCGGCGCCGGCGCCGGCCGCGCCGCCGAACGGUGCACUGCCCUCCAUGUACGACAUGACGGGCGGAGAGCAGGUGAACCCGGCGCUCGGAGGGAUGAACAUGAACGGCCUCACAUCGGCAGGGUACGCGCCGGGCUUCAGACACGAAUCCUUCUCGCCGCCCUAUGGCAUGAUGUCGCAUCAACAGCAGCAGCAGGAGCAACAAGAACAGCAGCAACAUCAACAGCAGCAACAACACCAGCAGCAGCAGCAGCAGCAACAGCAUCCACAACAUCCACAUCAGCAACAGCACCCACAGCAGCAGCAUCAGCAGCAACAGCAACAGGGGCCGUACCAGCACCCGGGUAUGACCCCGCUGCCCGGAAUGGCGGACGACGGGAGUGGCAGCGGCGGCAGGAACAGCGGCGGCGGCCACUACUCGGGCGACCAGACGCCCAUGUUCCCGCCGUACGGCCGGCCCGGUAUGCAGCAGUCGCCACCCGUGGCGUACUCGCAGAGCCCGGCCGGCGGCGGCGGCGGCGGCGGGGGCGGACACUACGGACAGUCGCCGGCGGCGGGCGGUCAGUUCGGCCAGUCGCCGGCGGCAGCUGCCGGACAGUUCGGUCAGUCCCCGGCGGCCGCUCAGUACAACCAGUCGCCGGCGACGGGACAAUAUGGGCAGUCUCCGGCGGCUGGGCAGUACGGACAAUCCCCCGCCGCGGGACAGUACAGUCAAUCCCCCGCCGCCGGACAGUACUGCCAGUCCCCGGCCGCCGGGCAGUACGGCCAGUCGCCGUCGGCCAGCUCCGCCUACCGGCAGUCGCCCGGCGUCCACAGCACCGCCAACCCCGGCUCGCCCAGCUACAAGAAGGGCUCGUCGUUCUCGGCGGACGCCGGCUCCGACGAGCCCAGCCUCUGCCUGACGCCGCCGCCGCCGUCGUCGCCGUCGCUCGGCCAGCCCGACUUCGAGGCGCCGGCCUCGAUGCUGGCGUCGGACGGCGCGGACGGCGGCGCCGGCGGUCUGCUUUCCGCCAAGGAGGACGCUGGUGACCUGGGGCCCGGCUCGGUCAGCAUGGCCGGCAGCCAGCCGAGCUUCUCCAACCCGACCACGCCGGCCGACGGACCGGCCUCGGUCGGGUUCCCGGGCGGUGGGGGAGGCGGCGGCGCGCAGCAGUCGCCCGCGCACUACUCGUACCCGGCCAGCUCGCAGUCGGCUCCGAUAGACUUCUCUCAGCAGCAGCAGCCGGCCGGCGGCGAGUACGGCGCCAAGUCGGACCUGGCCACCAAGUCGCUCUCCGACCUGGAGUCGCUGGUGGACCAGAUCCCCAGCCUGAGCAGCGGCGCGGAGGGCGGCGGCCUGCUGGCGGGCGCCGCGCACCCGGCGCACCCGGCGCCGCUGCGGCCUACCCCCGAGCACGCCGCGGCGCCGCCGCCGGCCGCGCUGGCCGACCCGUACAGCCCGCAGCCGGGCCGGCCCGGCUCGGCCUACUCCAGCCCGGGCGGCCAGUACGCGGCCGGCACCAGCUACGCCGGCUCGUACGCCACCGGCUACGAGCGGGCCGGCGCGCUGUCUGCCAGCUACAGCGGCGCGCAGCCGUACGCGGCCGCCGGCCCCACCUACCCCAGUACAAACUUCUCGGUCAUGUCACUGGCCAACAGCAGCGUAUCGUCGGCGCCGUCUGUGGCGGCGAGCGCCGGCGGCGGCGACUCGUCGCUCUUCUCCGUCUCCAGCCUGACCGCGUCGCCGUACAACGCCGCGCUGGCCGCCGCCGGCAACGGCAUGGCCAUGGGCAUGGCCGGCGGCGGCAUGGGCGGCUUCUCGGCCAUGGGCAACAUGGCCGGCGGCAUGUACGGUCCGUACGGCGCCUACGGCUCGUCGGCGGCGUACGGCUCGGCCGGCGCCGGGUUCCCGUACUCUGCGGCGGCCGGGUUCCACAUGCCGGCGCCGCGGUUCGCCUACCCGAGUCCGUACGGCGCGCCGGCCGCCUACCACCAGGGCUACUCACAGCAGGCAGUGCUGGAGCGGUUGAAACAGGAACACAUGGACAUGCGGUUCGGCGGCUUCUAGCCGGGCGCGGCGAGCUUCCAGUGCUGUCCGCCAGAGGCGCUGCCGCCCGGCCGGACCGGCCGUCGCCCGCGCGCCGGGUAUCGAUAUUGUGGCUCUAGUCAUUGGUGAACAAACUAAUCUUUUCUUGUCGAGCUCCCUUCUUCUAGUCGAUGG